AUGGAUGAAAUACAAAUAUUUUUUAUGAUCGAUCCACAAUUCGCUGGUAUGGAUAGCAAGAAGCUUCAAGCGCUUCAACAAGCAAAUUCUCAUCUUGCGCCGAUGCCACAAACAAAACCACCAACUUUUCAGCAUGGCGACUUCCGUCCGUCUAGAUCCCCGGUCUUCCAAAACUAUCCUCAAUAUCAAUCAUUGGCGUCAAACUUUGCACAUAUUAACAUGACAAAUAAUCCUCAGGAUGUUCAGCAACAACAACAGUUACAUACGAAAGGAACAUUUCCGCAACAACAUCAACCGAAUUCUCAACUAGGAUAUCAUGAUCAGAUUUAUCAAAGUACAAAUCAUCCCGAGAAGAUUUAUCAUCAUCAAUCUCGUGGACAAUUUCCUGGUGUUCAUCAACAUGUUCAUGCAAACAGCGCUCGACUGCAACAACAAUUUCAAGCUUUAGAACAAGAGAAACGCGACGUUCAAAUGCGAACACAAAAUGAAGCUUUGAUGCAUCAACAACAGACGUUCGCAUUGCGACAGCAAUUAAAUCCUCCAGUCCCAACUUAUCAAAUUCAAAGUCAAACAUCGUCAAUGUCAAACAUGUCAUCAAUCAAUAAUGUGCCACAACAUCUUCUUCAAAACAAUCGAACAUUACCACCGUCAAGUUUAAAUCUUACAAAUCAAUAUCAACCAGCGCAAGGUCCAAUGAAGCUCAACAAUCCUUUACAACAACAUCAGAUCAUGAUGCUUCAGAAUGAACGUCAAAUGGUGCAACAAAGACAAAUUCAAGCUGUACAACAGCAAAUGUAUCAGCAGCAAAUUCAAAUGCAAAAACAAAUUGCACAGCAACAACAACAGCAGCAAAAUCAACAACAAACACCGACAGAAGUUCCAAUGAUUCAACAAAACAUUCCCGGUCAAGUUGUAAAUCAAGCCGUGCAGACACAAAUUAGUGGAUCUGGAAUUAAAACAAAGUCACCUGAAACUCCUGGUACAACAUCAACAAGCACGCCAUCAACACCAUCACAUAAUCCAUUAGAGAGAAAGAAAAGUGAACCUGUUCACACUUUAAAGUCACCAGUAGCGAAACGUCAUCCAAAUGCUCCCGUGGCACUUUCGGGAUGGUUGUGGAAGCAAGGAUCAGAAGGGUUGAAAGUAUGGCGGAAGCGGUGGUUUGUUCUUAGUGAAUAUUGUCUGUUUUAUUACAAAGGACCUGAAGAAGAGAAAAUCAUGGGUUCAGUGUUGUUGCCAUCAUAUCGAAUUUCUGCUUGCACUGCCGAUGACAAAGCGAACCGAAAAUAUGCUUUUAAAUGUGAACAUACAAACAUGAGAACUUACGUGUUGGCUGCAGAGAAUCCCGAAUCGAUGGGUCAAUGGGUCAAAGCAUUGAUGAUGGCAGCAUUGAUGCAAGGUUCAAGUGAAUCAGAAUCACAGCCGAGUAUUUCAUCAUUCAUUCCAUCGGGAGCUUCAGCUGGUGACAACAGCGAUUCAGGCAUUCACACAUUCCAAUCACAACAAGGUAAGAUGAAUAAUGCUCCAGUUACACCAGCUUCAGAUAACAGUGGACAACAACAACAUCAACCACUUUAUGCUAAUGCGCCACCAAAGCCUCGACGUGUUACUGACUGCGGUUACUCGUCACCAUCGCCUGAAAAUGCGAAUGAUCAUUACGGACAGAGAAUGCGACAAGAUCCAAUUUAUGGUUACAAGCAACCCGUCAAUCGUUCAAUGACGAAGACACCAGAUCCGGCACUUAACAUGAGAAUGCAACAAAUGCGGUUAGAUCAGAAUAAAUCACCGAGUGCACUUAAGUCACCAAUCGUUUCAACAUAUCCAUAUCCAAGUGAUCAACGAACUGCAUUAGAACAGGAACAAUACAUGCAGAAAUUGAUUUUACAUCAACAGCAACUUCAACAACAACAGAAAUAUCUUGCGAAUACAAUUCCAAUGUCUUAUAAUAAUGAAAGACGAACACCUGACACUUACGGUCCACCGAGAAUCGAUCGUGUGAGUAAUGAUCGAAGAACAUUUGGUGACUAUGAAGAUAUUUAUCAAAUUGGUAAAGCAUCAUCACAAGUUAUGCCUCAAGUUGCACAAUCACAACAACCAACAACUGAGAGUGGUUAUCGACGACCUUUAAGUCCUACAAAGUAUGACAACAAUAUUCAAAUUCCACCGAUGCCUCAACGCUACACACCGAAUUUCCUUGAACAUCAACAACAACAACAACAGCAGCAAUCGCAACAAGUUCACAUGAGAUCAAAACCACCACCAACCGUUCCACGUCCGCAUUCAGCUGAUUUUUUAGAGUAUGAGGCGCGGAAUCCCGUAACGACACGAAUGAAAGCGGAGCCAGCACAAGCGCCACGUCCCAAGUCGAGUCUUGAUAUUAAUCGAGGUCAAGAUAAUUCUUAUUAUUCCGAAUCGAGUUACGCUGAAAAAAUGCGACAAAGUGCUUUGUACUUACAAAAGCAAACGAUACCGAAUAAGGUUCAAGAUUCAUUUUCACAUCAACAGCAACAAAGUGGUGAGUAUAUUUAUAAAUUUUACAACAAUAUUGAAUUAAAAUUCCUUCAUUUCCUUACUACAGAAAUGCAUCCAUCGAUGAGUUCGCAGACGCUUCAACGUGAGAUUGAAAUGGUUCGAGCGAAUCGUUAUGAAAUCACUGACGACAUGCAGAGUGGAUCAGCGAGUGUUCCGAGAGUUCAUCGUCAAAACGGUAGCAAACAUCAACAGCAUUUGAGUCAACAGGAACAAUUUCUUCGUUCAGCGAGUGCGCGAUUACCGAAGAAAGAAGAAGAUCCAAAUCGUGUAGAUGGAGAAAGAAAACGAGAAGAGUCGAUGAAGCGACUUCUGGAAUGGAAGCAGCGAAUGCUUCAAUCACCACUCACUCGGAAAGGUCCACAAUUAUCUGUUGCUGCACAAGCUAAUGGUCAACAGACUAACAGCCUUCACUUACCACCGAAAUCCCCACUCACCGUUCAAUCUGCCAACUUCUAUCAACAACAGCCGAUCGAAUCACAACAAAAGUCGAAUCAUGUUCUACAAAGAAGUCGGUCUGAUACUAACGCAACAUCAGCUUACAAUGGGGAGUCAUCAGAGGAUGAAGCUUGUGCACUUGUGGUGACUUUUUGGCUUCUUCCUUGUCGUUUAGCAACCUCAAAAAAAAAAUUCUCGUUUGGGGCAAUGUUGAAGUUGAGUCUUGGUUUUUUAUGUGAUGGAAGUGGCACCCCAAGGUCGGAUGAUAUUAUGAUAAAUAUUCAAGUUGCAACCUUAUUAGUUAUUUAUGAACUUCCCUCAUGCCAACCAGAACUCUUAGAAGUCUGA